CCGUCGAGGAGCAGAGUGUGAGUGGCUGCGCCGUUGCGUUGGGCCCCAGGAGAACAGUGUGUGAGUGUGUGUCGAGCAUCCUGCGUGGCCGUUGCCAGAAAGCAGCCUCCUGGAGAGCAGCAGAGCAGCAGGCUGUCUGCGCUAUGGCCGCUGAGCUGCAUUUCUCGCCCCCUGAGAUCCCUGAGCCCACGCUGAUGGAGAACGUGCUGCGCUACGGCCUCUUCCUUGGAGCCGUUUUCCAGCUUGUGUGCGUGUUGGCCAUAAUGCUGCCAGUUCCCAAGUGCCCAGAGACAGACUCGGACGGCUUGGAGUCUAAGACUUGGGAGACGGUGAAGAAACCAAAGGCAAGUGCUGCACAGCUGAGCAAGAAAGACAAGAAGGAAAGCAAAAAGAAACGGUGAGGGCUUGAGCGAUAAGCCUCAAAGGCCAAAGGGAGCAGCGGGAAUGCUUCGUGAGAGGUGCUCCAAAGGCAGCGCACUGUACGUCUGGUUUUGUGGCGUGGCCGUGCUUUCCCUUGCAUGGACAUUGGAGAGGAACUGAGGAAGCUGGAAGGGCUUCUGAGGCGUGACCAACAAAUCAGACUUUGCCUGUGCGGGACUUCAUGUCUGGCAAGAGCUGGGGACGCUGCAUUCCUUCAGGGUCUGUCUCUUCAGGACCAGGGACAAUCUAGUGUUAGCUUGAAAUAUGGCUAGACAGGACUGGAGAGAGAGGUGGUGACAUAGCCACAGAGUCUCUGUAAGGCAUCUGGAGCUUCCUGAUGCCAGCUCACAUCUUGGUUUGUUUGAUCACGAAUGAGUCAAUGGGAGGAGAACCUGCUGUGUUAGGUGCCCCAGGGCUCAGAGUGGCUUUGAAAAGAAGGGUUCUGUGGCGGGGCUGCAAGUCUGCCAUCCUUUUACAUUCACAGACUGCUGUCCUCAAUUGAGCAAUGCACUGUGAGCCCAGGCACAGUAGCAGUGCUGUGCUGAGUCUCUUCUCUACCAGAAGCCUAGCAGCAUUUGCUGUAACCAUCGGUUUGAGAAGGACCAUGUUUGCUGCUCUCCCUUGCUGUUGGUGGAUGAGUUGGUGGGCAGCAUGAGGAGAACAGAACAAAGCAUGUGAGACAAAAGCACUCCAAAGUUGCUUGGAGAUCUCAGGACAAAGAAACAUGAUGAAAUUUUCUCACACCAACAAUAAAGACUAAUAUUGAUCUGUGAGUUUCCAUGAAUGAGGAUGGUAGUUGUUUUUUUUAAUCUUGUCCUUCUGUGGGUUCCCUGAAGAUGGGUUCUGUUGCUUUCUUCUAACAGAAGUACAAAUACUGAAAGAGUAAUGCACACGUUACCCAAAACACAGGAGUGCUUCCACAAGCAAGAACUGGUCAGCAAUGAGCCCUGUGUGGUUUCUCAUUCUGUCUGAGUUGAGGCUGAAUGACUCAUUUCUAAGUGGAAUUCCUGGAUAUUGGGGUUUUGUUUUGAGGGGAGGGGAGGUGGGAUUAUGCUGUCUUUGCAGUUGGUUCCUAGCAGCUUGAUACUCGUUUCAAAAUGUUAUUAGCUGAGCUAAUAGCAUGUCUUUAGUAAUUACCAGUCUUACUAUUCUUUUAUUAUAUACUAGUCUUUUAUUCUAUUUUCUGUUCAAAUAUAUGUAUAUAUAAUCACUGUUUCAAAUAAAAACAAAAGUAACUUUUUAAAAAUCA